AUGUCUGCGCCAAUCAAGACGCUGUUGAGCCGAUCGUUGUUGCGACAAGCUCGACCUGCAUCUAUACCUCGUCAUCGAUACCUCGCGACUAUCCGAGUAGCCCAGCAAGCCGCCUCCCGGAGCUUCACUGUCUCGUACCGGCGAAGAGAUGCUGCUUCAGACACCUCAGAGCCCCACCACAGUGUCAAAUACACAACAGAUUCGUAUGACAUAGAACGAAACCCGGCCUUUGCAGAAAUCAGUGCCGAAGAUGUGCAACAUUUCAAAUCGAUACUGGGCGAUGACGCGGCAGUGAUUGACGGAGUUACGCAAGACGCGACGGAUGACAUCGAGGCAUAUAACAAAGACUGGAUGAACAAGUACCGAGGGCACACCAAGCUUGUGGUCCGGCCGAAGUCAACAGAAGAGGUCAGCCAGAUCUUGAAAUACUGCAACGAGCGGAAACUGGCCGUUGUACCCCAGGGAGGCAACUCAGGCCUGGUCGGAGGCAGUGUCCCGGUUUUCGAUGAGAUCGUUCUGAAUCUGGGCCGGAUGAACAAGAUUAGAAGUUUUGACGACGUGAGUGGCAUCCUUGUGGUCGAUGGUGGUGUCAUUCUGGAGGUAGCAGACAAUUAUCUUGCAGAGCAGGGCUACAUCUUCCCGUUGGAUCUCGGUGCCAAGGGUUCAUGUCAGAUCGGCGGCAAUGUUGCUACGAAUGCUGGAGGUUUAAGGUUUCUUCGAUAUGGAUCAUUACACGGCAAUGUCCUGGGCAUCGAGGCAGUCUUGCCUGACGGGACCAUCCUUGACGACCUGAGCAAGCUCAAGAAGAACAACACAGGCUACGACAUCAAGCAGCUGUUCAUUGGCGGCGAAGGUACGAUAGGCGUCAUCACAGGUGUGUCGGUCGCAUGUCCUCGACGGUCCAAUGCGGUCAACGUUGCCUUUUUUGGCCUCGAAUCCUUCGAGAAGGUUCAGCAGGCUUUCAAAGAGGCCAAAGGCCAGCUUGGCGAGAUCCUGUCCGCGUUCGAGCUUAUGGACGGCACGAGUCAGGACUUCGUAAAGAAAGUGACUGGCAACAAGCAUCCUCUUGAGGGCGAGUAUCCGUUUUACUGCCUGAUCGAAACGAGUGGCUCGAACGCCGAGCACGAUCAGGAAAAGCUAGAAGCAUUUCUGGAGCACGUCAUGGGCGAAGAGAUUGUUGCAGACGGCACUCUCGCACAGGACGACACACAAAUCAAGGCACUGUGGGCGUGGCGAGAAGGCAUCACGGAAGCCCUCGGACAUGCAGGCGGCACAUACAAAUACGACGUCUCCAUCCCCUUGAAUGAGCUGUACAAACUCGUCGAAGAGUCCGAGCGCGGCGAGUCGAAAGCGCUCGGCGUUGUGGGCUACGGACACAUGGGCGAUUCGAACCUCCAUCUGAAUGUGCCCGUCAAGAAGUACUCCAAGGAGAUCGAAAAGGCGCUUGAACCUUACGUCUACGAAUGGAUCCAGAAGCGAAGUGGCAGCAUCAGUGCCGAGCAUGGUCUGGGCAUUGCGAAGAACAAGUUCAUCGGGUACAGCAGAAGUGACACCAUGAUCGGACUGAUGAAGCAGAUCAAGAAUCUGUAUGAUCCGAAUGGGAUCAUGAAUCCAUAUAAAUACCUAACAUAG